CAAAUCAGUUACUACACAAGAGAGGAACUGAAAUGCAUUGUUUUUAGUUUGAACUUGAUUAUUUUUUUUGAAUGAACAGAAGUGCAUGAUCCCAUCCUUGACUCUUCACCACUCAAUUUUUCAGCCUAAUUGAGGUGUUAAAAUUGAUUGAAGUCACAUGGAAAGUUGCACUCGAGUGAAAUGGAUUUUAAGGGAGAAAUACUUUGUUUAGGCACUAUCUUUAUAAACACUAAAGUUUUGCAUCAGUCACUGGUUUUGUUUGCAUUCAUUAUUUUCUUUUCUAUAUUGUUUCAAGUUCAUUUAGUUGUUUGGUUUCUUUUUGUUAUGAAGCUAAGAAUUUGAUUUUAAUUCUUUUAGUUGUUUAGGAAUUACAUGUCCAAGAAUGCAAUAUAUUUAGGUUAUAUUUUUCACAGCUAUGGUAAUGUCAGAUUCUCUAAGUGCUUCUUUUUCAUUAUGCAGAUCUUGGGAAUAGUAUGCUGUUGUUGACAGUAACAACACCAUCCCAAAUUUUUUCAAUAUCCUCCUGCAAUCAAACAACAUGGAUCUGAGCAAACCUCAAUUCGGAGCCUCCUCCUCUUCCUCUUCUUCUUCCACCCAUUCAUUCACACACGAUGCCUUUCUGAGCUUCAGAGGUGUGGAUACGCGCAAAACUUUCACAGGCCAUUUGUACAGUAAUUUGAUUAACAAGGGAAUUAACACUUUCAUGGAUAAUGACCUUACAAGAGGAGAAGAUAUAAGAAAGGAGCUUCUCGAAGUAAUUGAAGGAUCAAGGAUUUCUAUUGUUGUAUUUUCUGCGAACUAUGCAUCUUCAAAUUGGUGCUUGGAUGAACUUGUCAAGAUCUUUCAGUGUAAAGAAUCCAAGCAACAAAUCGUUUACCCAAUUUUCUACAAGGUAGAUCCGUCGGAGAUACGAUACCAGAAGGGCCAGGUUUGUGAGGCAAUUGCUCGCCUUAGCAAACACAAGGAUAACUCAGAGAAGGUGGAGAGUUGGAAGGCAGCUCUAACACAAGCAGCAAUUUUGUCUGGGUGGCACAUCUUGGAUGGAGGGCAAGAAGCGAAUGACAUUGAUGAAAUUGUUAAAGUGAUAUCAACCAAACUAAUGAAAUGCAACCCUUUAGAUGUGGCAACAUAUCCUGUUGGAAUAGAAUCUCGUGUAGAAGACAUACUUAAGCUCUUAAAUAUAGGGCAAGACGACCCUCACAUGGUAGGGAUAUGGGGAAUUGGCGGGAUAGGAAAGACAACACUUGCAAAAGCUGUUUACAAUGCAAUUAGCUAUAAGUUUGAACAUAGCUGUUUCCUGGCAAAUGUUAGAGAAGAAUCAUUUUCACAUGGAGGUCUUGUCAAGCUACAAAACAAUUUUCUUUCUAAGAUUAUAGAGAGGAAUCCACCUAAUGUGACCAAUGUUGAUGAAGGAAUCAUUGUGCUGAAGCAAAAACUAAGCCAGAAAAAGGUUCUCUUAGUUCUUGAUGAUGUGGACCACUUGGAUCAAUUAAAAAAACUUGCUGGAGGGUGUGAUUGGUUUGGUCCAAGAAGUAGAAUUAUUAUAACAACAAGAAAAAUGAAUUGCCUAAGGGCUCAUAACGUCAAUCCAAUAUAUGAGGCCAAGGAAUUAAAUGAUCAAGAAGCUUUAGAGCUCUUCAAUUUCCAUGCCUUCAAAGGAAGUAUAUGUGCGGAUGACUUCUUUGAACUUGGAACUGAGGUAAUACGUUAUGCUAAAGGGAUUCCGUUAGUUUUGGAAGUUUUGGGGUCAGAUCUAUGUAGUAAAAAUAAGGAUGAGUGGAAAGAUGCAUUAGAGUAUUACAACAGAUAUCCUAACCAACAGAUUCAACAAGCUCUCAAAAGAAGUUACGCUGCAUUGGAGGAUAGGAUGAAAGAAGUUUUUCUUCAUAUUGCAUGUUUCUUUAAAGGUUACGACCAAAUCUAUGUGAUAAAAGUCCUACAAAGCUGUGACUUGAAUCCUAUGUAUGGUCUCAAAGUCCUCAAAGAAAAGGCCUUGAUCAAAAUUGAGAAAGACAGUAAGAUUUGGAUGCAUGACCUUUUAGAAGACAUGGGAAAAGAAAUUGUUCGGCAAGAGUCCCCUGAUGAGGUAGGAAAGCGCAGUAGGUUGUGGUUUUAUGAGGAUGUUCGCGAGGUCCUUGAGGAAAACAUAGGAACGGAUAGAAUUAAAUGCAUCGUGCUAAGAUAUUACCCUUCACAAAAGAUAUGCUUGAAUGGCGGAAGCUUCACAAAUUUGAAAAAUCUUCAAAUUUUUAAAGUCGAUUAUGCAUGGGAUGCUUUGCGGAGAGGGCUUGGAUUAUCUCCCCAACCAGUUAAGGGUCCUUGACUAGAUUGAGUGUUCAUUACGAUCGUUGCCAACGAAUUUUAAUCAGAGGAAACUUGGUAUAUUGCACAUGGGUGGGCCCUGCACAACUCCACUAGUGAACGAGGGAUUCAAGAACAUGCGGUAUUUGAAAUCGAUCCAUUUGUGGGACUGUCCUGGUUUAACAAAGAUUCCCGACUUGUCUGGAUUAACAAGCUUUGAGUAUUUGGAGCUAUUUUUUUGUGAUGAUUUAGUUGAAGUUGAUCCUUUUGUUGGCCGUCUCGAUAAGCUCGUCAUUUUGAAACUCGCCCAUUGUAAAAAGCUCCAGAUGUUUCAAGAGAGUCCACUUAAGUUGGAAUCUUUGGAAACUCUGGAUCUCUCAUUUUGCCCACUCAAGUUGUUCCCUGAAAUUGAGGGAGACAUGAAGUCCUUCAAGUACCUGAAUCUAAGUUUCACUGCCAUCAAAGAGUUACCUUGCUCAGUUGGAAAUCUCACUGGCCAUACAUCCUUGUCUCUAAUUGGCUGUCAAAAUCUUCCAAAUGUACAAUGCAGCAUUUUCUAUGGAUUUCAACGUCUGGAGGAGCUUGAUCUACGGAAUUGCCACAACCUUGUUACAUUUCCAACAAAGUCAGAAUCACUUCCUCCAUCGAUCUUUUCAACUAUCCUGACGAGAUUACAAGUUCAUCUCAACGGUUGCAAUCGGCUUGAAGAAAUUUCAGAAUUUCCACGAGAAAUAAAUGGCUUAUAUGUGAGUGGUUGUCAGUCAUUGGAAAGAAUUUCGAAGCUGUCAAAAAUUAUGGAGGGUAGAGAUUCAAAAAUGUUCGGUCGGUUGGACUUGACUGACUGUUGGAGACUUUGCUACAAUCUGGCUCGUGCUCGUGGAGUAGUACUAUCAGAGGUUGAAGUUGACAAGCGACUAUUUCAUCUGGCCAAUAAGAGAAAGAAGAUGACAUCAUCACCGUUUGCGGGAACCAAAGAAUUGAUAGGAGAGGAAGAGGUAGAGGAAUUGACAGCUUUGUUGACUCUUUUUUUCUCUUGUGCGAAAUCUGAAGAAUUCCAAGUAGAAUUUCCCGCAAGUGCUCCGAUUCCGAUUCCGAUUCCAAACUGGUUCACCUGCCGUAAGGAUGUGAAUUGGGAUGUGGAUAGAGAAGUGAUAAAGAAAGAGCAUGAGUUUUGCAUUGAAAUUCCUCAAAACUCCAAUUGGGACAACAAAGGGUUGGCUCUCUGUAUUCGAUCGUCUUCUAUUCGGGUCACUCAUUUUGUUUACAUAAAUGGAAUAAAGUUUGACGAGAAAAUCAUGUGUGGGGAUGAAGUGUGGGUGCAUUAUAUUCCAUUCGUUACAGUAAUAAGGAGGUUCAUGAGUGAGUGUGGGCUGCCGCCACCUGAUAUGUUUCGAGUUAUGUUUCGUCUUGAACAUGAAUAUACACGCACAAGGCCUUUGGGGGGAGAGGCUCGGGAGUCCACCUGAUCGAAGAUUUGGAAGGAGAAGGCCGAUGAUAGUCCAGCUGACUUCCAGUAAAAAUCCUUAUGCAAUGUCUGUAUUAGGUUGAGUUGCGAAGGAACUCGAUGCUCCAGAUAUGGCUGAUACAAUAGAGCAGGUGGAUUAUGUACUUCAUUAGCAAGCAAGGUUGGACACACCAUGGAUUUCAUUCAGUUUUUCCAUGCAUAAUCAGAGACACCUCAAGAGGGUUUGGUCUCUUUGCAGCUUUGGUAGCAUAGUGAAUCCCAGUCCUCUUCUCCAGUCAAUUGUCACUAUCCCAUUCGCGAUUGUAAUGGAUUCUGUUUCACAAGUUUACUUCCAAUGUGAGUGCACAGUUGGUCUUUGUUCUGUUUAUCUUUAGAAAUAAUACUGGGAAAGAAAAAUUUGCCAACUAAAGGCAGCCUUUGUUCAACCAGGUUUUCCAGACCUUCUGGAUUCUAUGUUGGAUUCAAUGGUGUACCCUUUUCUGAUAAGUCGCUGUUGCGGGGUUUCUUAACAUUCGUUUGGUGUGCCCAAUCCCAUUUGGUUUGAAUGCAAGCAGUUGUAUGAACAUCUAGAGUUGUAUAAACCUAGAUAGCCUAGAUUACCUAUACAUUACUGAAUUGAAUUCUUCCUUUUAUUUUCUUGGCAUAAGUUUGUAUCUUUCUGAAACUUUAGUAAAUGUGUAAUAGUAUUUGUUGUCUUUCAUCCAUGUUUUUGGUGCAGAUUUUCAAUAUAUUGGUAAUGAUUGCUACCUUUGUGAUGUUUGUACUCACAGAUUGGACUUUGUCCAUGACAAGAUGUGGCAGUCUGCAAUUGUUUAUGUAAGCGAUGAAAGGACUCUCAACUCCUUAAAUAAGGAGCCUAUUCUUCUGUACAAACUCCUUUGAAAGCACUCCAGCAGUGACCACUUCUGAUGGCUUUGUAUUGAAUAUGAUUUAUUAUUGUUGUGCAUAAACCAUUUUUGGGUGCUGGCCUUGCUUCGUGGUUAACGCACAUUUGUCCUUCUCUUAGGUAUCUUGAGCUUAAAAUGGACAGUCUUGCUGCAGAAUAGGUCUGCAAGAAAACCAUUUUUGGGUGCUGGCCUUGCUUCGUGGUUAACGCACAUUUGUCCUUCUCUUAGGUAUCUUGAGCUUAAAAUGGACAGUCUUGCUGCAGAAUAGGUCUGCAAGGAAAGUCCUUUCUCUGGAAACUACAAAGUCAAGUCUGGUUAUCAUUGCCUCAGAACUUCACUCGAACUUUCCACUUCUACUGGAGCUUCUACUUCCCACCAAAUUUGUGACAAAGUUUGGAGAUCAAUUUGGUCCACCCCGGUUGUCCCAAAAAUUCAACAAUUUCUUUGGAGAGCAGCUACCAACUCAUUACCUAUCAUGUGGAACCUUUUUAGAAGGAAGGUGAUUCCCUCCCCCAUUUGCAAACUUUGUGGCAAAAUUCCUGAGACAGUUGAACACUGCCUUCUUCUGUGUCCUUGGACAGAACGUGUCUGGUUUGGUUGUUCACUCGGGUACAUCCCCCACAAAUCAAGCAUCACAACAUUUGAUUCUUGGUGGCUAAAGAUGGUAGAUGGCUUCACUGAUCAUGAUUCAAACACCUUUCUCUCUAAGCUCUCUUAUCAGUUAUUCGAAAUUUGGAAAUCUCGCUGUGCAUCAGUGUUUAGAGAUACUCUGCCCAACCCAGACUCCACGAUUUCCAUUGCUAAUUUUGGGACACUAGAAUUCCUUGAAGCGAAAUCAACAAUCAAUGAGCCAAACUCUAUUCCUGCUGCUCCAACUCAUGCACAAACAUGUCAGUUCCUAAUGAUCCCUUUGUCAAGCUCAAUACUGAUGGAGCUUGGGAUAAGUCUUCUCUUAGAAGUGGUCUGGGAAUCAUUAUCAGAAAUAGUGCUGGUAACUUUGUAGCAGGUGCUAGUAUUUCUACCCUUUCUAACUCAGCAAUUGAAGCAGAAGCCUUAGCCAUUGUCCAAGGUCUAACUCUGGCUACAAAGAUUAAUCUCCAAAAUGUCCAAGUUGAGAGCGACUGCAAGGAAAUCAUUGAUUCCCUUUCGUACAUUAGGGAAUGCAGCAACUGGAGACUUACACCGUUCCUUGACAGAUUCCACUGCCUUGUGACUAAGUUUCAGUGUGUUUCUUGGUCAUGGAUCCCCCGUGAAGCUAACCGUUCAGCAGAUGCUGCGGCAAUGCUAGCUAAACAGAGGAUAUGUUUGGAAGAAUGGAUCAAUCUUCCCCCGACCUCUCUUUUAUCAGUUCUCAGAAGUGAUGGCCUUCCUGGACCACCAUCUGGAAUUACUUGAUGUUAUCUAAAUUAUUCAUAUUUGGGACUUUCGUUUGUUUUUUUCCCAUUGUUUUACUUGUACUCUGCAACCUUGCCUUUGGCUUAUGAAUGAAUAUUUCUUCAACCAAAAAAAAAAAAAAAGGAAAGCCCUUCGAAAUUGGAUUGCUGAACUCCAGCAAAGAGUUUGGAGUCUUAAUGCGUGGGCUGUCUUCCAGAAACUCUAGAACCUUGAAUUUGUUCGUUCAAGGUUAAAGAAUCCUGUAUUGUUAAAUCUGCUUCAGGCCUGUCCUAAUCUGACCACAUGGUUGAUUUAGAAAAACACAUGCGACUCUGGAGUCUGGAGUCCCAAACUAACAUAACAGGUGUCCAAUGUUGUUGUGGCAAUAAGCAAGGAAGCACCUCUUUAUGAAGGUAGAAAUUACCUCUACAUGAAAUGCAAGUAUUGGAGAUAGGUCUAUGGGCAAGGGCACUAUGUAAAAUAUUUUUAUUUUUAGCAAGAACCAUACUAGGCUCAUUGGAAUGUCAUAUGUAGAAAUCCAAAAUCACUUUCAUGGAUUAGAGCAUCUCCAACAGUUUCCUCAUACUUAUCCCUAUUUUAGAGAAAGUGAAGAAAGAGAAAACAAAAAUCUCUAUAUUUAGAGCAAACUCUAAAAUUAUACGAAGUUAACUUUUUGAAGGUUUUAUUACUUUCUCUCUUCUCUUUUCAAUUAACACUAAUUUUCAUUGUUAAUUAUUUGAUUACAUUUUCAUAUAUAAAAAGUAUUAUCAUAUUUAAUUAUAAAUAAUAAAUUAUAGAGAAACUGUUGGAAUUAUGAAGAAAAAUUAUAGUGAUUUUAUCUUUUGAGUCUAUAUAAUAAGGAUUUUACAUAAAGCUGUUAGAUGCUCAACUACAAUAUCCAAUCAUCCUGCAUUUCAUUUGUCAUAAGAGAUUUUCACAACAACACCCUACCUAAAAUGUUUCAUAUUCAACUGUAACUU